UCAAGAGUUCGUUGCCAAUAUUCUCAUAUGUUUAUUGUUAGUAAUUCUAUUAAAAUAAUUUAAAAUAAUUUCAAUAAUUGAUAGUGAUCCUGUCACUGUUUUGUAACACUGCUAGACUGCCGCACAUAAAACUGGGUGACAACUCUGUAUAUCUAAAACGACGCCAUUUCAAAACAAAUGCGCGGUAACGAAUUAAUUUUUUGUUAAUUUUUUUGUAAUAUAAAAUUUUACGGUUAAAACAAAUGGGUGCCAAGGCUUCUAAACUUGAGGGAGGCAGCUAUUUGCCAGAUACGCCCACAUUAAAUAAAUUACGUUUACCCAAACAGUUGCAGCCGCAGGAACAAGUGGAAUUAACCCCGACAAGGCAGGAUGCUACUUGCCUUGAUCCUCGUUCCCCAAAUGGCUGUCGUACACCCCUAAAUUUCCUUCAGAAUCCAAAGGAGAAGCAUGUUUUGAUGCAGCAGGUGAAAAACGAGCCAGAGCAAGGCCAAGAUGAGGAAUCAAAUGAAAAUGCGUUUGCCCAAUUCAAAAAACGCUUGCUUAAAGGUUUUUCCUUAAAUGAUCCCCGAUCCCCGCAGCUGAAUCGUACCCCAUUAAUAUUAGAUGAAGUGCGUUCACUUAAUUUAGAUGAUACAUUUGCCGAUCUCUUUGUGGACACACGCGCUGGAGCUGCAACUGUGAAAAUCACUUCAGAGACAGCAACAACAACAACAACAACAACACCAACUUCAUCUCCUCCUACCUCAAGUGGUGAUGAUGACUUUGGAACACCCUUAAGCCAUAAUAAUAGUUCUUUGGAGAUUAUCUCCUUGCCCUAUGAUGCUGAAGAGACUAUGCCCUGUGAUGUGAAACUACAGAAAACACCAGCAAUUCACAUUCAUGAUGAUCCUCGCUCACCCAGUUUGAAUGUGGAACGUACUCCAAUUAUCUUCUGUGGUGACGAAGAUGACGAGGCACACGAGGCACAAAUGUUGGAACAAAUUCUUGAAACUCUUACACUCAAUCUCAGUCAGGAGAGCAGCAUAAUGGAAAUGCCACCGCAACAAUUGCCAGCUAACAAACAUCUUGAGCGUGUUCGUUUGGGCAAUAAACGUCGCGUGGCUCCACGUAAACCAGCACGGGCCACCAAAACUCAAAUCUAUGUGGAUAAAGAGUCAGCAACGCCGUCCAAACCCAAUAGUGGAGCAAAUACUGGACCAUCUACACCCUUGUCGGGCCAGAAGCGUACACCUUUAAGUUGUGUAAAGAAUCGUCAACAUUUGGCGCCUUCUCAGACCGUUGAGAAGGAUAUGCGGAAAAUUCCAUUCAAUGAUCAAUUGAAUCCAUCCCGUAUACUUAUUGCUGGCGACGAUAGCUUAGAUGGCUUCAAUUACUAAGAAUUUUGUUAGUAAUUAUUCCCAUAUCACAAAAAUAAUCAUCAUAUAUCUGAAUCCAUCAAUUUAUUUACACUUCUAUUUUAUACGUUUUCAAUCUUCAUCAUCAUUUAAAUAAAUUUUAUUAAAGCCCUAAA